AUGCAACGAUUUUCUUCCCUUGCUGGAUCGUCAUCUCGAUUUAUCCGGGCUAUCGCCAUGCAUCAUUCGAAGAAUGAUGGGUCAUUACUGGAACAUGGGGUUAAACUCUACAAUGUGAAUAAUGGAAUCUUUCAGCGAUGUUUAGCAACACAAAAUAAAAAUUCGAACAAAGUCGAUUCCCAUGCUGAUUUAUACAAGCCAUCAACAGCUAAACAAGAAACUCAUGUGCCUGAUGAUCUCAAACAUCAUCAUCAACCACCAGAAACAAUCAAUACAACAUUAAAUACAACGGCGGUGGGUGGUGGAAAAGUCUGGUCAAAUCAAAGUCCAAGCCGGGUACAUGUUGCUAAUAAAGGAACAACAUUCGUCCCAAAAACUAACAACGAUGUUCAACACAUCCAGGAUAAAACUGUUUAUACUACACAAGGUGAAGUGAAUAUUACCGAUCCAUUUCAAACACACAAAUUACAAUCAGACAUCACAUCCGCCAAAUUAGCUGAAGCAGAAGCUGCUUCUGCAUUCGAAACAUUUGAACCUGGCACGCCAUUAUCAUCAGCAUCAGUUGUGGAAUCCAAUUUCAUGCCUAAAGUUUCUUCAGCUGAAGUUUAUUCUACAAUAUCUUCUCCAACUGCGCAAUUCCAAUCGAACGGUCCACCAACACCGCACGAAUCAGUAAAAUAUGAAACUGCAGUGAAAGGUAAAGUGUUCGGCGGACAAGACACAUCUGCGGAUUCAAUGAAGCAUCCAAAAGAAGAUCCAUUCACAACAGGCAAUAAGAACAAACCAAGGCAAGCAAAAUGA